AUGAGUACAGUUGCAAGAAGAAUCAUCAAGGGAAAAGAAAAGUGUCAGGUAAGGGUGCUAAUAGCUAACCCCAAGGAAGAAAAGGUCUUGAUGGCACAAACACCUGAACACAUGACUGGUGGUAUGAAGACUGAAGUCAGUAAGAGCUUUGCUGGAACUGAGACACAAGGAAGUAUGUCAGUUGAAAACAACAAUGCUCAACCAGGGUGGAUGAAAUUGCUGAGAAUUAUCUACAAUGUCACACUCGAUGCUAUGACAUUGUAUUAUGACAACCUGACUGCAAAGGACUUGCAUGAGGAAAAGGGAAAAUUAGGGGCGUGUUUUUUUGAGAAAGUAUGGCAAUUAAUGUGGAGUGGAAAAGAUGAAGAUUUGAUGGAAGUAACUCCACUGCGUAUGAUACCUGGUAACGUUCCAAGCUCACCUUCCAUGACUAGAGCUGAGCAAGAAAAGGAAGUAGUUGCUGAGGGUCUGUGUUCACUUGAAAAAAACUUACCUAGAAUGUCACCUGAUACUGCUCAGGACAUUGAGGAAGAAAGGUCUGAGGAAGAAGAUGACACGUUGGUCAAUCUUGUGAAAACAAAGGUCAGGAAGAAGAAAGACAGUGAAAGUUCUGAAGACGAUGUUCCAGACAUCUCCUCUAACAAAAGAAAGGCUGUAAAGAAGUCUUCCAACAAAGUAGCUGCUAAGCACCUAGACAAAUGGAGGUUUGUCACUCAAAGAAGGGUAGCAGUUGAAAGAGAAUUAGGGAAAGAGACUGUUGAAGUAAAGGAAGUAAUGGAGCUAAUCCAGGCAGUUGGUCUUAUGAAAAUUGUGACUGCUCUGCCUCAAUGCUAUGAAGGGCUAGUCAAAGAAUUCAUUGUAAACAUUCCUGAUGAGAGUUAUGGAAAAAGCAGCAGGGAGGUCUGCAAAGUGGUUGUUAGGGGUAAGUGUGUGAAUCUUUCACCAACCAUCAUCAACAGGUUCCUGGAAAGAGGAACUGAUGAAGGGGUAGAUCUAGAGGCCACAGAUAAUGAGAUCUGUAGGAUGAUUACAGCUGGCCAAAUUAAUGAAUGGCCCAGUAGGAAACACCUUGCAGCUAGUAAACUAACUGUCAAGUAUGCCUUCUUGCAUAAGAUUGGUUCUGCAAAUUGGGUUCCUACUAAUCACAUAUCCACCAUCUCCAUUGCUCUUGGGAGGAUCAUUCAUGCUAUUGGAACAAGGAUUUAG